AGCUUUCGCGCUGGAGGUGACGUGCCCGGAACCGCAGGAAGAUGUCGGCGGAGGUGGUCAUGGACGGGCCGGAUAAGAAGAAGCAGAAGAAGCGGCGACACGUUGCGGCGAUAGUCCUGGCCCGGGGAGGCAGCAAGGGCAUCCCGCUGAAGAACAUCCGGAGACUGGCCGGGAAGCCGCUCAUCGCCUGGGUACUGCGGGCCGCCAUAGACUCCGGACAGUUUGAUAGUGUGUGGGUGUCCACAGACCACGAUGAGAUUGAGGAGGUGGCUAAGCAGUAUGGAGCAAAGGUUCACCGGAGGAGCUCCGAGGUGUCCAAAGACACAACCAGUUCCCUGGAAACUAUACAGGAGUUCCUGCAGCAUCACCCAGAAGUGGACAUAGUUGGGAACAUACAAGCCACAUCUCCGUGUCUGCACCCCUCAGACCUCAUCAAGGUGGUGGACAUGAUUCAGAACCAAGGCUACGACUCGGUGUUCGCUGUGGUCAGGCAUCAUUUAUUCCGCUGGAAGGAGGUGAAGGCAGGAGAGGCAACAGUAGCGGAGAACUUUGUCCCAGCACGUCGCCCCCGCCGCCAGGACUGGAAGGGAGAGCUGUAUGAGAAUGGAUCCUUUUACUUUGCAACCAGAGAGUUGCUUACUAAAGGAUUACUACAGGAUGGAAAGUUGGCUUACUAUGAAAUGAAGCCGGAGCACAGUGUGGAUAUUGAUGUCGAUAUCGACUGGCCCAUCGCCGAACAAAGGGUUAAAAGGUAUGGCUAUUUUGGAAAGAAUCCAACGGUGGUGAAGUUGUUGGUGUGUAAUGUUGAUGGAUGUCUGACGGACGGGCGAGUCUACGUGAAUCAGGAACAUGAAUUGAUCUCCUACAGUCUGCGAGAUGUAGAUGGAAUCCGAAUGUUGCUGGACAAAGAUGUGCAGGUCCGUCUCCUCUCCGAGCGAGACAUCAGUCCAGUGUUGGUGUCCAAUCUGAAUCUGCCAUGUUUGAUUGAAGGAAACGUGUCAAAUAAGAAGGAGGUUGUUGAUAAAUGGAUGGGCAAGUUGGGCCUCUCUUCCUGGAGCCAGGUAGCUUAUAUGGGUUGCAGUUAUUCUGAUGUGGAGUGCCUGAAGCUGGCUGGGACUUGCGGAGUCCCUGCUGAUGCUUGCACGGCGGCCAGGAUGACGGACAGCUUUGUCUGCCAGCACGGAGGCGGCAAUGGAGCCAUUCAGGAGUUUGCUGAUCACAUUAUCACUCUAAUGGAGACCGGAAGAUAAAUGCAGCCCUGAGGGUCAUUCUCUGAGAUUCUGCAGACGAAGUGUCAAUGCUGAAUAAAACAAAGUUUACAUACGGACUGAUUCUGUGCCAGGGCAAUAACGAAUGUCCCGUGUGGACAGCGGUUUCUCCCUGUGAGGGGUGGAGAUUGAUCCCGUCUCAGAAAUGGUCCUUUCUACACAAAACCAAUGAACUUUUCAUGCUGCUGAUUCUGUUUUUGUCUUUUAUCGCCUACCAUGUGGCAGAAUAUAUCAGAUUAUUUUUUUUCUUCUAUGUAAAUCACAAACUUUCAUUUCCCAUCUGUUGUGUCAGAUUUUAGGAUGAUUUUGUGUUUUAUUUGUUUUACUUCUUACUUUGUGUUUUUUUAUGGAGCGGGAAAUUACCUGUUGCUUUACAUAGGAAGGAUUUUUUAUACAAAUUUGCUUGUUUACCUUAUUUGUCAUUUUAAUUGUCUAUUUUAAAGGUUUACAAGCAAAAGUCAAGCCUAGGAGGAAUCGCAGGGUGCCUGAUACCCAUCUGUUUGGCUAGUGGGGAACCCUCCAGUGCACCCCUCUGAAACUGGCUUCACUUUGCUGCUGAAAACUAGGCUUUCAUGCCAUACCCCUCCCACCAAUUUUACUGUGUCCAAUACAAGUGUCUUUGUAACCUUCUUUUUUUUUUUUUUUUUUUAUAGGUGAGGGGUGGCAAUCCAGUAACAGUGAAACCAGGCCCAGAGCUGCACAGAAAAUGUGUCUCACCUUGUGGCAUUUGCUUAGGUUUAUUAUUUUAUUUUUCAGUUUAGCGCACCUUACAGUUUGGUUGCAUAAUUUAUUAUAGACCCAUCCAAACUGCAUCCAGUUCAACCCUCACACUACACAGUGGUACAUUUUGUUAAAGAUCAAAGCUAACCGACCGUGUCUGGCUAUGGUUGGCUUAUGGAACCUCCAGCCAGGUUCAGACUAUUCCAUCAUUUUCCAGUUUGCAUCUUUUGGCAGCUGUGGGGUGGAACUGAACUUUUUCUUGAAGGUAAAUUAAACUUGUUGUGGUGCUGGAAGUGGUGACAUGACAUGGGUUUAAGCUUUUGGCAUGCAUGACUGUGAUUGACUGACUGAUAUUUAAUAAGUAGGAUGCAGACUCUCCGAAGGUCUUGCGCCAUGAUUAUUUUGUUUACAAAACUUGGAAUUGUUGGUACUUUGUACUAGGAAGUGAUGCAAUGGGCUGUUUUUUAAAUUAUUAUAAUUGUUUCUGUUGUAAUUAUGGACAUUUUUAUGUACAAAAAAAGUUUUAUUAUUUGGUGUUGAUCUUAAUUGCAAUCAAUGACUGCUUCAUUAUACAGCAUAAUAAAUAACCAUCCCGAUAAUGUC